AGCAUGCUACUGACAGCGAUCACUGCAAGCAGCGCUGCAUGAGAGCACGUUAUGCGCGCUCACAAGGCGUAAAUGGCUGUGUUUUCAUGGGAGAAGCUCAAAUAAUAGAGGAAAUUUGACAAAGCAUGAAAAUAUCUGGUUGUCAAGAAGAAGAGACUGGAUGCGCGCUGGAUCCAGAACCAACGACAGGAUGAACUGAGAUUACGCGCGGGAGGUUGCCACGGGCAAGCGCUGGGUUUGACCUCUGUGAACAAAUUUCUGGGACAAACAUCUCGGCGAGGAUGUCUCAAUGAAGAAUGUGACUGAACAUGACUCUCUGCAAACGGGGUGGAUGAAGCCCUCGGCGGUGUCAUGCGUCUUGCCCCGCAGCCCAGCGCGCAACCCUUGCGGCUAAUAGUUCUGAUCCUCUUCCUCGCCACGCGCGCGAACACAUCCCCGGUGCUGUCCACGGGCUGCCCGGACAGGUGCGUGUGUGAUGACCAGCUGGUGGUUCAAUGCGCCGGGCAGCACCUGACCACCUUCCCGGUCAACUUGCCGCUGGCCACGCGGCAGCUCAUCAUCUCCAACAACCGCAUCGUGGAGCUACCGCCGCUCGCGCUCAACUACCUCUCUGAUCUGGUGUACCUGGACUGCAGCAACAACUCCCUAACCGAGAUAUCCGAGUCCACGUUUGGGAAUCUACGGAAGCUGGCCUACCUGGACCUCUCCUUCAACACCUUGACCCGGAUCGAGGACAGGACGUUCGGGCCCUUGACGAGCCUGGUGAUGCUGAGAAUGACGGACAACCCGGGGCUCUCGGAGAUUCAUCCGGACGCCUUUGUAGAAAACACGGCCCUGCAGGUGCUGGAUGUGGGUCGGAACAACCUGACAGUCCUCAACAUCACCUCCCUGAUCGCGCUGCCCGCCCUGCGCUCCGUGGGUCUCAGUGGGAACCCGUGGAGCUGCGAGUGCGACAACGAGGACCUGUGCCUGUGGGUCCACCUGGAGGGCUUCAAGUUCCAAGAUGAGGGACAGACGGUGUGCGGCUCACCUGCUGACAUGCAGGGUCGUCGUCUGGGUGAGGUCGGCCUCCAGCUACGGACGUUAUGUCACCAGACUCUGGGCUCCUGGGACUAUCUUUUCUUUGUGGUCAUUGGCUUUGUCAUCUUCGCUGCUGGCACAGUGUCGGCCUGGGUGAUGGGCGUCAUUAUGGUGCUCUAUGAGCGCUACAUCAAGAAGAAAGAUGAACAGCUGGACGUGGACGACGAGGAGGAAACCAUCGAGAGCGGCCGUACCUCACGUACCAGGAGUGACCAUGGCAAUGGGAAUUUGAAAACAUCACAUACUGUGUGAAAGAUUUAUUCAUCCCCUGCACGCCAUGGAUUCCUACAGUGCCUCCUGUCAACUUCCAGGACUGUCUGUGAAGUCUAAUCACACUCCUGUCACACUGAGUCUGUGUAACAGGCUCAACACCGAAGGGGGAGGAUUCAACAGAAACGAGGCAUGUCUGUCCUCUGAUUUAAAGUGUGCUUUAAGUGUGCUGAGGUGAGGUAACACACACUUGGGCUGCCAUUGUUGAGGUCCUGAGCCCUUUGUUAUUACUGAUUAUGUAUGCAGACCCUUUAUGGUUUAUCACUCAGGGCGAGCAGGAAGGCUAUUACCCAAACUCUUUUACAUUGGUCUAACCAACAGAGAAUUAUUUUAAUGGUUAACAGCAUAAUAUGAUUAGCUAAUGGUCCCAUUCACACAUUUUAGAAAAGUGUCAAGAAGUGUCACAUAUUUUGUACCUAUUGACCUUAUUGCCUGCAGUUAGAUGACAGAGAUUGAUACCACUCCAAUGUCUUUGUUAAAUUUGAAGCUGCAGCCUGAGGCCCCUCACUUUAUCUAGCAUAAAACCUGAAAACAGUGAAAUCGCUAGUCUUGCAAAUAGUCCUUGACACUGCUGACUGCGUAAAACAUGGACAAAGUCUUUGUGACAUCACCCAUUGUUUUUUGAACAGGACGUUUUGAAGCACAUCAGUUGAAAUGCUAUCCUAACCUAACUAUUGAUCAAUCUAGAAACAGGCAAAGAGGUGGGGUUGAACAUUUUGCCAAAUUAUAAUCAAAACGGAUGAGUCUUAAAAAAUGUAACUGCAGUUUUUUGUAUUUCUGCUGCAUUGGCUUGAUGUUUCCACAACAGAGGUUGCUGCAUGGGCUUAAUGGGGAUUCAUUGGCUUUGGGAGCCAGCCUCAAGUGGACGCUCUGGGAACUGCAGUUUUUCGCACUCAUUUCCACAUUGGCUUCAUUUUUAAAACGGUUACUGCUGCUGAAAUCCAACAACGAGCACCUCUAAAGGUCAUGAAGUAACAUGUUGUAUCUUUAAUUUUUUCGCCAGGAGCAUGAAACAUCUAACUUGACCAUCGAUUAGUAUAUCCAGUAGCGGCCCAUCCUGCCUACUGUGUUUUCAAAUACAGCAGCUUGGUCAGUGGCUACAUUGAUCAAAAUCUGAUGCCGUAGAUACCACUUUAGUGUCAUUUCUCGACACCGUCCACUAUUUAUUUUGAUGUGGCAUUGAGGUAAGGUGAUAAAGUAUGAAGAGUGUAUGUCAGUCAAAUGUGAACUCAAGAAAACACAACUGUCUUUUAGGAUGUGAAAUUAUUAAAAAAUAUAUAUUUUUAAGAAGUUAACUUUUUUUAGUUAGUUAACAAACGGCCACUAUGUAACAAAUCUGUAUUGGUUUUGUUAAACAUGGUCAUAAGUUGUGUAACAUACAUUUUAUGUAGCUAGCACAUUUAAGUUAAUGCUUAUGUAAACCUAAAAAAGGGUGAAUUUCUGAAUCCAAACCAAGUACUAACGGAGCAUAAACAUGACCAUACUGCAAUGUUUCGCAAUUUGUAAAGUAAAGUAUACUUCAAGUACCCCACAGGGAAAUUAGUUUUAGACUCUGUCCUGCAGAAACAGA